UUCGUCAACAUUCCCAGGCGGUGUGGCUCUCCCGCUUACGUCUGCUCCUCCUCUGAGCAGCGCUUUUAAUUGAACCCAAUCAUCGAGCAUCGGUUCCUGACAGCCGGGAAGGAGAGAGAGGGGGGAAAGACGACGCUGAGUGUGUUGACAAACGACGAAGUGUCUGUCUGACACCCGCUGACGCAGUCUGUUUACUCCCGGAGAAAAAACAAGCAGAUCGGCGGACACUCCCCUCUCAAUCCCAAAUUUCCCACUUCGACAUAAAACACAGAAAAUGGACGAAAAGGCGUUUUCGAAGGAGCUGGAUCAGUGGAUCGAGCAGCUCAACGAGUGCAAACAGCUCACGGAGGGACAAGUGAAGAAUUUGUGCGAAAAGGCCAAGGAGAUCCUGACGAAAGAGUCAAACGUGCAGGAGGUGCGAUGUCCUGUGACGGUGUGCGGCGACGUGCACGGUCAGUUCCACGAUCUGAUGGAGCUGUUCAAGAUCGGCGGCAAAUCUCCCGACACAAACUACCUGUUCAUGGGUGACUACGUGGACCGGGGUUACUACUCAGUGGAGACCGUCACUUUACUCGUAGCUCUUAAGGUUCGUUUCCGGGAGCGCAUCACCAUUCUGCGCGGCAACCACGAGAGCAGACAGAUCACACAAGUGUACGGAUUCUAUGACGAGUGCCUGCGCAAAUACGGCAACGCCAACGUGUGGAAGUACUUCACUGACCUGUUUGAUUACCUCCCGCUCACUGCCUUGGUCGACUCUCAGAUUUUCUGUCUUCAUGGUGGCCUGUCGCCAUCCAUCGACACAUUGGAUCACAUCAGGGCGCUAGAUCGCUUACAGGAAGUGCCUCAUGAGGGUCCAAUGUGUGACCUGCUUUGGUCGGACCCCGACGACCGAGGCGGCUGGGGCAUUUCGCCGCGUGGGGCCGGCUACACCUUCGGGCAAGACAUCUCGGAGACGUUCAACCAUGCCAAUCGCCUCACGCUGGUUUCCCGCGCCCACCAGCUGGUCAUGGAGGGCUACAACUGGUGCCACGAGAGAAACGUGGUGACGAUAUUCAGUGCGCCAAACUAUUGCUAUCGCUGUGGCAACCAGGCGGCUAUAAUGGAGCUGGAUGACACUCUCAAAUACUCCUUCUUGCAGUUUGACCCAGCGCCUCGCAGAGGGGAGCCCCAUGUCACCCGUCGAACCCCAGAUUACUUCCUGUAACCUGCUUUCAACCCUUACCCACUUGUACAGUCAAGUCCAGUGUUGCCAUAUGAUGGAUACAGCAGCAGCGGCACACAUUGUACAUUCACACAAAGACCUAUUUAAGCAUUUAGCCAGAAAUAAUAAUAACAACGAUAAUAACGUGUGUGAGUGUGCACGCGCGUCUGUGGACGGACCAAAUGGUGUGCGCCGUAUAUUGUCACAUUAUGAAUUGCUGAGGACUUGUCUUGUAUUAGGAAGUAUCUCGCUGAAGAUCAAUCAAGUUAACUUGGUUCUGACUGACAAUGCAAAAAUAAUCAAUAUAUACAUCUUAAAAUAUAUAUUGAAGAGAUAAGAGGAUGAUGUGUUUGCACUUUUGUAAAUCUUAAGAAAUGUAACAUAAAAUGAAGAUGGAGAGAAUAUUUACUUUUUUUUUUUUUUUAAUUACCAAAAACAAAGCCCCGAGAACAAGAGUGAGGGUUUACAUGAGGUGUCUUGUCUAACGUGUGUUUGUGUGUAAGUGUGCGCGUGUGUGUCUGUGUGAAGAUCAUCAACGCACGGAACAUGCUUGUUUAACCAAGACAUCAAUAAUAAAGGUGGCUCGUUCAUUA